GCAAAAAUCCAGCCAAUCUGUGGAGAAUUUGACAAAAACCUGCAUCUUGAGUCCACCCCCUUUUGAUUUCCAAUUUAACUUGUACUCAGAAAGCUGUGUUGGUUUGUUAGAGAUAAUCUUUUUGCAUACAUGGAGGCAGCCACGUCUACUUUGCAACACCCCUACGGUGUCAGCCAUCGGGGUCCAAACCCACCGCAUGGAGCUCAACAGGCCCAGGGGCCCCAUCAACCGGGUCCAGGACCUUCAGGAGCUACACGUCCUGAGGAACAGCAGCAGCAGCACCACAAACCUUUCUUCUUCAUACAGCCUUCACAGACAUACCUGCCCAUGCAGAGUCUGCAGUGGCCUGUGCCCAUGCCCAUGCCUGUUUCCUACAACCUGUACUAUGGCUACCCCAGUUUAGGUUAUGGGAUGCCAUUGAUGCCCCACUAUCAGCCCAAUCCAUACAUGGACCCACCUGGCUUUGUUGUACCCCAUACCCACCUCCAUCUGAUGGACUACAGGCGCAUGCUGAACCCCCAGUAUUACCAGACCAUGGCCUACCACUCCCGCAGGUUCCGCUAUCAACACAACAGCUCAGCCAGAGAAAUGACGAGCUCUCAGGUUCAAACUGAGCCACUGAGGACCAGCACCCCAAGUUCCAGUGACACUGAGGUGUCCAGUGGCCUCCCACUCUGCAGCGGUGACACCCCAACCAGCCAAUCACUCUCACCACCCUUGGCUGAGCAGAAGGCAGAUCAUUCUCUGGAGCUAAAGGACAUGGCUCCUUCUUCCACGACCAGGACGCCACCAAACGGCAGCUUCCUUGAUUCAGACUGAGGAGGUGAGGAUUGAAUGCCGCACCACACCAGUGGGAGUUCAGCUCCUGCACUCUCAUGAGACUGCAGAAGUGUCCCACAGGUUUUCCCAAGACAUGGUCCAGUGUAGCUCCAUCCUCCAGGGCAGUGUGGUGCAGGACGACGGACUGUCCCUUCCUGCCGAUCAGUCGGAGCAGGCACUCCAACCUUGUCCUGACAUUCUGUUAGUUGGGACGCCGAGUGGUGGCGCUCUACAGGAGUCCAGGAAUCAGAUGGACCCUGUUGCAGAGGUCUCCAAUGUGGGAUCUCAAGUAGCAGCUUGUGGUGAAGUUGAGGAGAUGAAGAGUGAGAAACACCUGAGUGUGACCUCCAAGAACUUUAAUUUUAAGGUCGUUCACCUGCCUUUCGAUUCUAAGUAUCUGGACGAGUUGCGCAAGAUGGAGUCCACAGUUUGGUCAGUGGAGGAAACCUUGAUUCCCUCCCCUGAAUCACUGAUCCAAAAUGGCUGCACAGACUCUCAUGAUGAAACGCUAGCUGCUCUCACUGAAGUGCCCUCGGCAGAUGUACUGACAAUGAACGAGGAGGAGGUUGUCCCCAUGAUCGAGAUGCCUCCUCUGGCUGAGGACAAACUGAAGGACAUGGCCCCUGCCGUGGAGGGUCCCAUGCAUGAGCUAGUGCCUGAAGCUGAUAUCUGCCCCAUGAUGGACAUUACAGAGGAAGCUCCUAUGACCAAGCUAACACACACAGCAGAGGUGGAUCUUGCACAUAAUUUGCUGCUGUUGGAUAAUUCCCCUCUUAAGGGAGACAGAGAACAUAGAAGAGAAGCAAACAUCCAGGAUCACCAGGAUACUUCAUUCGAAUCGUUGCCUGCCUACCUCCCCUCAACCAGCUGGUUAGCUGACUUUGAUAACGUCUACUAUUGCAGCAAGAUGCCACCAACUCCCAAGAAGCAGAAGAAACCUUUGAGCAGCUGUGGUUUAGAUGUGCCAACUAGAAGAAGAAAACUAGACCUUGAGUACAAAGAACAACCUAUUGUCCGCAAGCCAAAAGAGAGGUACAAACCCAAAGGUAAGGUGGAUCGACGAAGCCUCUCUGACCACGAAUGCUGCCUCAGCAGGAAUUUCAAUGAGAAUGUAUUUACCCCGUAUGCAUCCAAGAGGGAGCGCCUUUGCUCCAGAUGUCUGGCAAAACGCAGAAUCUGCAUAUCUGCCAAUCCAGGCAUUGAUGGUAGGAGCUUGAAGAGGAAAGCUGUUCCUUUCCAGCAGUGGAAUGACGCACUCUUACCGACAUGCGAAGCCUGUAAAUCUCACACCAAGAAACCCAUGAGGAAAGGCUCCAUUCCCGAUGUUCGCGGUCUUCAUCACGGACACGACACCGAGGGAGAAUCCUCAGAGAACAGCUCGUGUCGCAGAGGCCCAAAAUGGAGGGCGGCUGAAGAUGCCAGGAAGCUCACGGACGUCAAGAGGCCACUCGCCUCCAAGCAGAACCUGGAGAGGUGUCCUGCAGCAAUGUACCCAAAGGUGAGAGAGAAGAAUUACGUCUGUAAUGAGCUGCUGCAUCAACCUGUUGCGUGGGAGGGGCUGCGCCACUGCCCCCAUGGCAAUGCCAUCCGAGAGAUGGACGAAAACUGCGCCGUGCCCGUUUCCCUUCAGGAACAAUGGAGGAACAUGGAUCAGAUGUACCUAACGCACAGGUGGCAAACUGGUUCUCAUCCAACGGAGAAGUCAUGGAAAACAGUGAUGCCAAAUCCCGACGUUGACGGCUCCAAGAAUGAAGCCAGAUCACAACAACACUUAAAUAAACACAAGAAAUCACAAUCACAAGGAACUCGUAGAAAAGACACAAGAUGCUGAUUUGCACAAGAGCACAAUUCAACUAAGUGAAAAAAGCACUUUUUAACCAUAAAAUAAACACUUAAUAUUUCACUAAAUAAUUGUACAACAAAUCACUAUGUUCACUAUUUAUUAAUAUUUAAAUAAACACUACUUGAUUAUA